CGCACCAGGCCUUCAUCGCGAGAUACACCGGGCCCAGAAGCCUUUCUGAGCUUUUAUCUUUCUGGCCAUGGCUUCGGCGCCUCUUACGUCCUUUGGUGUAGGCGCGUCUUACUCUGCAGGCGACGGGUUACCUGAGACCGAGAAGAACUCUGGGGAGUCAGAGAACACCUAUAUUCUGAGGCCCAUUUUCCAGCAAAGGUUCAGACCCUCUGUGGUUAAAGACUGUAUCCAUGCUGUACUCAAGGAAGAGCUGGCAAAUGCUGAAUACUCUCCAGAGGAAAUGCCUCAGCUCACAAAACGUUUAUCAGAAAAUAUUAAAGAUAAAUUAAAAGAAAUGGGAUUUGACAGAUAUAAAAUGGUGGUGCAAGUAGUGAUUGGAGAACAAAGAGGUGAAGGAGUAUUUAUGGCCGCUCGCUGUUUCUGGGAUGCCGACACUGACAACUACACUCAUGACAUUUUCAUGAAUGACAGUUUAUUCUGUGUCGUGGCAGCAUUCGGCUGUUUCUACUAUUGAACCUUUGAACUCUGAGAAAAGAUAGGACUGUGAAGAAAUAUGGACUUUUUUAUAUUGUUAAAUAUCUUGACAAAAUAAACAUAAGUUGGCA